AUGGCAAACAGUGAGGGCAGCGCGCGUGCUGUGCCACCGCCACUUCCUUCUGCUGAAUUGAAAGACCUUGUGGUGGUUUCCGAGUCUCCACUGGCGAGGGUGUGUGUCAUGGAGCUCAACUCGCCAAAAGCCAACGUUCUCACGGCGGAUCUGAUGACCCGCCUACUCGCAGCCGUGAAAGACGUGUGCGACCCUGACUCGGAGCAGCGUGCUCACGGCAUCAUCCUAACGUCAAAGAUCCCUGGCAUUUUCAGCGGUGGGCUGGACAUCAAAGAAAUGCUGCGUUAUUCCUCACAGGAGCAGUUUCUUUACAACUGGAAUCUUUUCCAGAGCCUCUUCGUCACGCUGCAUUCCCUUCCCGUUCCGCUGGCCGUUGCUAUCAAUGGCCACGCGGCGGCAGGCGGUACGGUGGUCGCGCUCGGCGCGGAUUACCAGUGA